UUUUAAAAGCAAUUCCUCGUGGUGAACGAGAAGGUGGAUGGCUGAAAGAGUUUUCGGGCUCAGUUGAAUUAAACCGGGGACCGGUUGAUCAAACUUGGAGGCAAAAUCCAAACAUCUCAAAAAGCAGUCUAACAUGCCGCCCAUAGCCAUGGAGCAAGAAUUGUCAUUAUCCUCUGAUUCUGAAGAAUCUGUUCUAGCAGAUCAAGAGCUUCAGGAAGCAUUUGCUAAAGGUUCAUUGAAACCGGGCUUAAAUGUUGUGUUGGAGGGACAACCGAAAGCCUUUAAUAAUGUGGAUGGAUUGAAACGAUGCUUGUCUGAAUUCCAAAAAAACCUGUCCUGGGUCGAAAGGCUUGAUAUUACUUCACCACUGCAAACAAAUGUCACGGGUGCAGCUUCUAAGAACAUAGCUGAAAAGGAUUCUGUUGACCCUGAAGAUGACUUUAAAAGAGAAAUGAGCUUUUAUCAUCAAGCCCAAGCCUCUGUUCUGGAAGCAUUACCUCGAUUACAUCAGUUUAAAAUCCCCACAAGGCGGCCUGAUGAUUAUUUUGCAGAGAUGGCAAAAUCUGAUCAGCAGAUGCAAAAAAUUCGUGAAAAGCUGAAGAGCAAAAAAGAAGCCAUGGAAAAGUCUGAAAAGGCUAAACAACUCCGUGCCCUAAGAAAAUAUGGCAAACAGGUUCAAAUUGACGUGUUGCAGAAAAGACAGAAAGAGAAGUCCACAAUGUUGAAUGCAGUCAAAAAAUAUCAGAAGGGUCUCUUGGACAAGCUGGAAUUCCUGGAAGGUGAAAAAUCAUCUGAGCCUCAGAAGAAGAAGGAAGGAACAGAGAGGCAGCCAAUGAAGAAGGGACCAAAUGCAAAAAGACGCUACAAGAAUCAGAAAUUUGGCUUUGGUGGCAGAAAGAAGGGGUCCAAAUGGAACACUAAGGAAAGCUACAAUGAUGUGUCCAGCUUCCGUGCUAGCAAAGCCCACAACAAGGGAACUGGAAAAGCAGGAAAAAAGGGUGCCAAAAAGAGGCCUGGCAAAAAGAUGAGGCAAAAAAUUAAGAGCCGUUCGUGAUAAGGAUUGGAAAUGGAAUGACAUUUUAAGCCCAGCUCCAUACACAAUAUUGGCAUAUAGCCAUGAACAGAUAUGGAACUUGAACCUCCCUGGUUAUGGGUGUGCUGUGGAAUAGCAGAUGUUUCUGUUUGAUCCUGCGCACACCACAAUUCACACACAAAUGGCAAAUAGAUGCUUUUUAUUGCCUUUCCUUUCAGACUAGUUUGAAAAUUCCUUAUAUGAAUUAAAAAGUAUUGUUUCAUCUUCC